AUGGCACAGCAAACAACAAUUCAAAAGAUGAUAAAAGAAUUUGGUGGUUUUAAACGUAUCAAUGAUGAUACUCGUAAUUUUGUAAAGCCAAAAUAUAAAUUUCAUUCAUGCAGCAAUUCAACAACUAGCACCACCAUACAAAAUCAACCAUUACCACCACCAGUACAAAAUAAACCACUACCACCACCAGUACAAAAUCAGCAACAAAUUCAACAAGGUGAGAAAAUUAGUACCAUUACAUAA